AUGGUUUCUGAAACAGAUAAAAAAAGAAUAGCCCGUUGGUAUUUUGGUGGAUUAGCCUCAGCUGGUGCUGCCUGUUGUACACAUCCCCUUGAUUUAAUGAAAGUUCAUUUACAAACUCAACAAACAGGAAAAGUUACUUUGCUUCAAAUUUCUAAAAAGAUUUAUGGCACAGAUGGUAUAAGAGGAUUUUACAAUGGUAUUUCUGCUUCUUUAUUAAGACAGUUGACAUAUUCAACAACACGUUUUGGUAUAUAUGAAACUGUUAAAAAAGCUGUUGAUGAUGGUGGCCCAAUUCCAUUUUAUAAAAAAGUUGCUAUGGCAGCUGGAUCAGGUGCUGUUGGAGGUUUUGUUGGUACUCCAGGAGAUUUAGUUAACGUCAGAAUGCAAAAUGAUGUCAAACUUCCACUUGAUCAAAGAAGAAAUUACAAACAUGCUGUUGAUGGUGUAUUUAGAAUUAUUAGAGAAGAAGGAGUUACAAGAUUAUUUAGUGGUGCUACAAUGGCUACAAGCAGAGCUUUAAUGAUGACUGUAGGACAAUUGGCAUUUUAUGAUCAAUUUAAACAAAUUAUGUUAGAAUCAGGAUAUUUUAAUGAUAAUCCUGUAACACAUUUCUUAUCUUCAUUUGCUGCUGCUAGUGUAGCAACUGUUUUGACUCAACCAAUGGAUGUUAUGAAGACAAGAAUGAUGAAUGCUAAACCCGGACAAUUUAAGAAUAUUGCUGAUUGCUUCUUGUAUACCGCAAAACUUGGACCAAUUGGAUUUUUUAAGGGUUUCAUUCCUGCAUGGGUUAGACUUGCUCCUCAUACUGUUCUUACUUUUAUUUUCUUAGAACAAUUACGUAUGAAUUUUGGUUACCUUAAAAAUUAA